UGUCUUCCGAUCGCCGCAUGCAGCGGUCGUCAGGUGUGUGCAUAAGCGUGUCGUAACACGAGACCUAGUAUUUUACGUUUGAAGUGAAAGUUAGUUCGUGUCGGAUGAAAUUUGACGUGCGAAUGGAUCACUGGAUUUGAAACCAAUUAGAACAAGGCUAUACAACGAGAAGUAAACGCGCAAACAUUGAUAAGAAUUACUCAUCAGCGUUCGGUGCUUAGUAGAAACUACGACGGCAGGGAGAACGGUCCAUUACAGCUGAAACUGUGAAAUCUGCGCAUGCGUGGACCGUUCACAAACGUCAGAAUAACCAUAGUGACUCAUUUGUACAUAUUGCGAUGCUAGAGUACGAUUUGUGUUAAUACAUUUUGUGAUAAGUGUUUGUGAGUUACGCAUAAUGACGCCGGGCGCUGACAAUUGUGUUAAUCAUGUCAAUAAUAAUAUUGUGCCGUUACUCCCGAGGAGGUCGGUGCAUUUGGAAUUCAAGAAUAUUACAUGUACAAUCACUUCGUUGUCGCUGCAGAAAAUUGGACUAGAAAAGAAAAAUAUAUUGAAAGGUGUCGAUGGAUGUUUCAAGCCAGGGGAGCUCACAGCUAUCAUGGGACCAUCUGGUGCUGGCAAGACUACACUUCUGAAUAUUCUUGCUGGAUAUUCAACACAAGGUGCUGACGGGCAAAUAAUUGUAAACGGAGUGUCGUCGUGUGCUUCGAAAUCGGCAGGCCGUGGAGCUGCCAGAUACAUUCGCCAGCAAGAUGACCUCCGAAUACAUCUCACAGUGUACGAAUCCAUGUCUCUUGCCGCCUCCCUUAAACUGGCCGACUUCACAUCUCACGAGCGGAAAGAGAAAGUGCACGAAAUAUUGGCGCUAUUGGGUCUAAAUGGAACAUCACAGACGCUGUGCAGAGAUCUUUCGGGAGGACAGAAGCGCCGGGUGGCUGUGGCGCUGGAACUACUCUCAGACCCUUCAUUGCUGUUCCUCGAUGAACCAACGACAGGUCUGGAUUCAUCCGCAUCUACGUCUCUGGUCUCCUUACUGAGUGGCUUAGCACGUGGCGGCCGCACAGUUAUCGCGACAAUCCACCAGCCUUCAGCCUUGAUAUUUGAGAAGAUAGACACAGUCUACUGUCUAGCUGGUGGAACCACCUUGUACUCUGGACCAAGAGCGUCGCUGCUACCUGCACUCGAGAGUGCGGACCUUCGAUGCCCUCCAUAUCACAAUCCGGCUGACUUCCUAAUGGAGGUGGCAUCCGGUGAAUAUGAUGUAGACUUGCAGAAGGCUGCAAAAAAAAUGUUAAUAUUCAAAGCAGACCCAGCUCCGACCGGCAGCUAUGAAGAAAAUGUUCCCAUUAUUUCAACUAUAUCGGAUGCCUUAAAUAUCGACACAAAGAAAUCCAAAUCGAAAUCUCUACAACGCAACACUAAGUAUCAACAGAGCCGUGGCAAGAACAUGUACCGGCCGGCAGGCCUUUUCCAACAAACCUGGAUAUUGCUCUAUAGGAAUUACUUAAUGACAACUAGAAAUUACUCUCUGUUUUUGUACCGAGUGGCUGCGCAUGUUGUGAUUGCUUUGAUCUUUGGCUACCUGUAUCUUGGAGUGGGAAAUGACGCAAACAGUGUACUGGGGAACUACGUGUAUUUGUACGGGUCUAUGCUACUGGUCGUUUACACUGGCAAGAUGUCUGUUACAAUAUCAUUUCCGCUUGAGAUGACAAUAUUAAAAGGAGAAUACUUCAAUAAAUGGUACAAUUUGGGGCCCUACGUGUUUUCUAUAUUGGCCGUAGAACUACCAUUUCAGAUGAUAUCCUGCGUGUCAUACGUUGUACUUUCGUAUUGGCUCACAGAUAAUCCCUUGGAACCAACACGCGCCACGCUGUUCCUAGCCACAAUCGUUGCAACUUCACUGUGUGCUCAGGCUUGGGGAUAUUUCAUUGGAUCUACAACACCGACCAAGAUCGCAGUGUUCAUCGGUCCAGUUCUGGCUUGUUUGUUCUCUAUAUUUGGUUUCUGCCUGGCACUAAGAGACACGCCCUACGUGUUCCGUUGGCUCCACCAUAUCUCUUACUUCAGAGCAGGCUUCCACGUGGCAGUUCACUCUGUUUAUGGCUUUGACAGGACCAAGAUGUACUGUUCGAAAAUGUACUGCCAUUACAGCACGCCUAUCACAUUCCUCAAGGAGAUGGACAUGGCCACGAUAAACGUUGGAAAUGAUAUCGCCAUUGUACUUACUAACGCAGUGCUAAUGCAUAUUCUGACAUGCUCCGCGCUUUGGUAUCGACUUAACAAGCGGUGAACGCAAUAUAUUAACUCAAGUGAAAAUAUACCAAUAAAUAGUUGAUUUUUAGUAGUUAGAUAAAUAAUUACAAUGAUAUGAUGAUGAGUGAUGACUAUUAAUUGUAACACUAACUAUUUAUAAGCCUCGGAACGAAUAUUAUUGCAUAAGCAUAUGAUCGGAUUUGGGACGGCCUAAGCAAUAUUGAUAUGUCGCAUUGUCAAUCGCACAAAAUUAUUACUGUCUGGACUGAGUAGCGAGUACGACGGAUCAAUUGGUGCGAGGCUAGUACCAAAUCCGAGCAUGUGCUGCAAUAGCCUAAACUAUUAGUGACGUCAUUGGAUGAGCGGAAGUCCAAAAGUCUCAUUAGUAUUUAUAGUAACAAUCGGACAGAACGGAAUACAGAAAGAAAACGAGAAAUCUAACAAUAGUAAUAAAUAAUAUGUGUCAAUUCAUAAUUUAAAACAUUUAAAAUAAUCGCCAAGUCACUAAGAUGGCGGUCGGGCGCGUUAACAAUUCGCGCGUAAUAACUGCGCAUUAGUUUCGCGUCCCGCUGGUGUCGUGCCGAGGCUUAUAUAAGAUGACAAGCAUUUGUGUAAUAAAUUUGCCAUAUAAUGCAGCAGAUUAGAUAUUUAAGGAUCGCACAAACGCUCCUAUAAGGGGAAGGGCAACGCGUGUGACUGCCGUUACCCCCUACGCGCUGACAUCUUAUUACCCCCCUCCCCGCCAUCGUCUGUCACCCCGUGGGACGGUCGCGCACGCAGUUGUCAGACUAUAAUAGAGUCUUGUAUGAUAUAUUACAUAUUGUGAUUUAGAUUUUAUAUCGUGCUUCGAUAGAUGACUAACGUUUCUUGCCUUAAUUGAAUAGAUAUUAGAUAAAUGAUACAUUAUUUGCUCGGUAAUGUUACAUUAGUUACAUUCAACAUUUUUGAUUUGUAGACCAUAAUCCCGCUUUGAAAUUGAUUGUAAAUUAUGGCUUACAAAUUGAUAUUAUUGGCUUAGAUUAUUUUAUUUGAAGUAUUAAUAAUUUAUUUAUUGUAAUUUGACAGUUAUUGUAAAAACCCAGUAGUUAAUAAAUAAGUAUAAUAUAUUUUAAAGCAAUAGAUGUAAGAUCAUGCAAAGUAUUUUUGUUUUUCUUAAAUGUGGAAAGUAAAUGUUAAUGAAAGUAAUGUGGAAUCUACUUAAGAAGUUGGCUUUGGACCUAUUAAUUUGAUUCUUAUGCAUUAAUAGCCUAAUAACAUUAGUAGUAUUAUAAUAAAUUAAUAGUUUUAGAAACCAAGUUUUGUUUUAAGUGGUGUAGGUCUAAUGUAAUGCACACGAAUUUCAGUUACAUGAUAGUUUUUUCUCAGUGAGACAUUAUAUUUGAAGAAUAUAAUAAAAUAUCGUAAUAAAUCUGAUUUGAUUGCUUUCAAAUUAUGGAUUUAUAAAAUACUUAAUAAGAAUUAUUUAAUUUUGUGCCUUACUGUAGAUGAAAAAUUUGAAAAUUAAUCAGAUUGUAAUUAUUUAAAAUUUAAUUGAAUCUACCCAGUACCCCAGGAGGGGUAUUAUAUACUUAUUAAUGGAAUAAAAUAAAUAUGGUAGACUAAUGGAACACGGACGAAUACACGUUUCCCAGUAUACGCUCUACACGGCUGUUUUAAUAUGGAUAUACAGAAUGACCGACAAAUAAUGCCGUUUAAAUGAUGGCUGUUUUAGUAUGGAUAAACAAAAUGGCCGAUAAAUAAUAGUACAGCGUUCGUGCCAUAAUGUCAAGAUUAUCUAAAAUAAAUACGUAAAUUCCUUAUUGCCAUAAAAAAUAUUACAAAAAUGGCAGAAGGAGAAGCCUCAGCUUCAACUGACAUGGGAUCAUAGAUUCAUGUUGCCAUGCAGAGCUGUUUUUCAGCCAUCCGCUCCUCCCUAAGGUGUUGAGUGGUAGUGGAUGUAGUACGAUGAAUCUUCUGUAUGAUUUAAUAUUGAGAAGCACUAUUCGUUUCACAGCCGACUUCAAACCUAAUAUACUAUUUAUUUAGACGAAUGACUUUAACAAACGACCAGUGAAUAUAAUGAUAUUAUAUUGAAAUAUUAAUCGUGUGUUUUUAUAUUUAUUUAAUUUCAUUUUUUAAGCUUUACUCAUAGUAUUAUUAUUUAAUUACAUAUUACACACGCGUACAUGUUUUAUUCCGAUAUGUAUUUUCAGUGAUAUAGAACCAGCAAAGCAAAACUGUCCUUUGUAUUUCUCUCACAAAUAUCAUCAGAGGAGUGUGUUUGAAAACUGGCACUGUCACCGUUCCAAUAAGGAAUUCAAUGAAAUCAACAGACCUACCUACCCUUACAAUGUUCGGGAAUACAAAAUUAUCUUCAAGUUAUAAAAUUAUAUUUAAAACUCAACCUUUUCUGUCUGAAGGUUUAGUUUCCACGAAGUUCAUAUUGAACAUAGAAGCUGUACCUUCGCGGUGAAUUACUUUUGAAACACCCAUAGAAAUCUAAAUAAAAAGUCAAUAAAAAAGGACUUAUCCACACUAGGCGAAUGUAGCCUAUACACACUUUACAUUGUUCCGUACGCUUGCAACGCUCUGGUUAUUAAGAGACGGCUAUAGAAAUUACUUCUAGAUCACAUAGUUGAAUUAUUAUUACCAUAUAUUUUACUCCAAAAAACAGCAAUUUAGUUAAAAAAACCGAUGAAAUUUAAUUUUUUUUGGUACACUGAAAUACACAUUAUGUAGGUGCGCAUUGUUUUACUUCCGCCGUUCCGAUUAAUACUAAAUCACUGCUUACUCGUUGGUGGGUCUAUAAGUCACCUGUGAAGCUUCAAACGCGGCUAUGUCAGAUAUACUUAGUACUUACCUUCUUACUUACAUUUCUAUUAGAACACCUGAUUGAAAUUAAAUAUCUUAGUGCAUUAAUAAUAAAAACUUGACAUACAACAUAACUAUUGAACUACUGAGUUCAUAAUUCGUUUGUUAAUAUGACAUUUAAUGGUGCUAAUAUCUCACUUGAUAAUAGAUUUUAGCUGUACUAAAUGAUAUUGAAGAUGCAACGUCUUAAAAAGACAAUAAAUUGUGAAUUUAAAAGCUUAUUGAUCCUGCUUCCCCUUAACUUACGCAAACUGUUUCGCUUUGUCUAUUUUCAAACAGCUGAUAGGGUUAUGAACUCUUCUUUAGUAAGCAUUACUUAAGGGAAAGCGUGUUUCAAUAUUUAAUAGAGCUUAAGAAAAUUUAAUAAAAGGGGCCUAUUUUUUAUAAUUUCUUCCUUCUAUAUUUUUAUUAUAAUAUCACCAGUAACUAAUUUAUUAAUAAUUUAUUAUUGUGUCUGAACCAUUUCAUCAAAACCUAUGUAAAAUCUUCAUCAAAACGAUCCGAAACACGAUCGUAAAUCAGCAAAAAAGACCAAAAAGUUUUCACUUUUAUUUUAAGUUAAAUAAUGUUACGGUAAGUAUUACGCCUGUUACUUAAAACUUGAUAGAAAUAAAUAUUUUUUUAUUAUUUUAA